GCAUUCGAGCGGUUGGGAUGUCAGGCGGUCUGCGUCACGAGUGCGGUGUGCUCGCUGUUGUGCUAACUGAGAGCGGUAGCAGCUCCGCUGACUUAGCAUCUACCAUCUUCACGGGACUGCUGGCACUGCAGCAUCGUGGACAAGAGAGUGCUGGCUUGGCGAUUAGCGAUGGCACGAAAAUCUACAGUCACAAGGGCAUGGGGUUGGUGACUAAUGCUAUCCAGAAACGUGAUCUUAUGGAACUAUUGCAAAAACCAUGCAGCAUGGGCAUCGGACACACUCGAUACUCAACUAAGGGCACGUCUGAUCUCCAGCACACCCAACCGCUUGUUGUCGACACCGUGCAUGGAAACCUAGCCAUCGCUCAUAAUGGAGAGUUGGUCAAUGCUGCUUCUCUUCGCCGGCAGGUAUUAAAGAACGGCGUUGGUCUAUCUACUGAAACAGACAGUGAACUGAUUACUCAGUGUUUGAGUAUGCCGCCGGUAGAUGGUGAGCCCAACGGGGCAAAUUGGCCUGCAAGGAUAAGAGGAUUCAUGGACAUGUCCGAAACGGCAUAUUCAAUGGUCGUCAUGACUGGCUCAACUGUAUAUGCCGUUCGGGACCCUAUUGGGAAUCGGCCUCUCUGCAUUGGGAAUCUCCUUCCUACUGCCGCAUUCGACCACGCAGAGUCACCACUCCUCAAGCGGCGACGAAUUUGCUCUAAUUUCUCACACGACGGUUGUGAUAGUAGUGUCUCGAUGAGUAAUAGUCCUGACAGUCCACCGGCAGCUAAGUUGGGUGAAUGUUUGUCAAGUGAAUCAAACAGUCUCGGAUGGGUUGUAUCGUCAGAAUCGUGUGCGUUUCACAGCAUCGGAGCUGAACUGUGUCGCGAAGUCUUACCAGGAGAAAUCGUCGAAGUCACAUCUCAAGGAAUAAAAUCCUGCGGGAUCGUCAAAAGCAAACCGGGCAGCCUGGCUCCUGCACUUUGCAUAUUUGAGUACGUCUACUUUGCUCGUUCUGACUCAUUCUUGGAAGGACGAAUGAUUUACAAUGUUCGCCGCCAAUGUGGGAAGCAGCUUGCGAUAGAAGCUCCAGUAGAGGCCGAGCUCGUGAGCACCGUCCCUGAAUCUGCGACACCUGCUGCCAUGGGCUAUGCACAACAAAUGGGAAUUCCAUACGUGGAAGUUCUGACAAAGAGCCGUUAUUCUGGACGGACGUUCAUCCAACCAGACGAUCGAGCACGGCAACUUGGAGUUCUUCGAAAAUUUGGUCCCCUCACUGAAAAUUUUUUCGGCAAACGAGUCGUCCUCGUCGAUGACUCCAUCGUCCGUGGCAAUACAAUCCGGCCCAUCAUCUCAUUGCUGAAAUCGCGAGGUGCUCGAGAGGUUCACAUUCGUGUUGCCUCGCCGCCUCUCAAGUUUCCAUGCUACAUGGGGAUCAAUAUCCCAACGAAGGACGAGCUUAUUGCCAACCACAUGGAACCAAGCGACCUCUGCCGCUAUCUGAGUGCCGACAGUCUUGUUUAUCUCUCUCACGAAGGCCUCGUCAGUGCAGUUCAAAAGAAGUUGAGCAAAGAUCAGCCCAGCGGUGUUGGCCAUUGCAGUGCGUGUCUAACUGGUAAGUAUCCAGUUGAAUUGCAGUUCUAAACUCAAAUGAUUAUCGAUAGUAUAGUAAAUGCAUUAAUUAGGCAUUAAUCAGAAAGGAACAUGAACUACGUGUGUAUAUUGUGUUUCUAUAGAAGAUAGGUAAAUGAACACUAAA